UGAAGGAGAAGGUCGAGCAGGUGCAGGCGGAGCUGUCGGCCAACUCGUCCCAAUGGCUGGGCGUGGCGCUCGUCUCCUUCCUCCUGCUGCGCGCGGGGCUCGUCCUCUUCGCGUGCGCCCUGCCGGUCAUGGCCUACAUGUACCUGUCCAGUCGGAAGGAGGAGGAGGAUGAGGGUGCCCCCAACGAUCAGGGCGACGACGCCGGCCGCGGCGGGAACGCGGGGGAGCCGUGGCCGCCCGGGGACGACGAGGACGACGACCUGGGCUUCCGCCCGCCGGGCGGGCCCGCCUCGGCGGGUGCAGGUCGCUUCGCCGACGAGGACGAGGUGGACCCCUACGGCGAGUCCUUCUGGGGCGGGGGCAAGGCCGACGGGCCGAAGCCGAAGAAGGACCCCGAGGACGACCUGGACGGCCCCCCGGCGGGCAAGGACAGCCUCAACGACGAGGACGACAUCCUUGGCGGUCCGAAGGGCCGGCCGGGUACCAGAGUAGG